AUGUUGUUGCUCAGGGCAACGCUGCAUCGCAAAUGGUAUGCACCUGGUGAUAAUAUAAAGGCGGAAGUAGAGUUCCAGUGCCUCGCUAAUGAGCCAAACAGUGCAUUGAAAAGCCGCUUCAGAGACGUCGGUAAUAGCUUUGGCGCACCUGUCAUUGACAACUCAUCAAUUUCCAUCACAGCUUCAAUAACGGGACGUGUUGUUUGCACUUGUGUGGUGGAUUCCCGCCUCCUUCAGUAUGCUCUGGCAUGGGACAAGGGAAAUGUGGCCCAACACUGCCCGGAGUUGGUGGAUGAGUCCACAUCGAGUGACUGCCGCGUCUACAAGUUGUGCUGCUCAGACGACUUCGCUCUCGCUCAGGACAUUCCGCUUCGAUUGGGAGAAACGAAGGCGGUCUCCGUGACGUUCGCUGUACCUGAUAGUUUACCACCGUCAUACAAGGGGCGAUGUUUGCGCUUCUGUCACACUCUACUCCUUAAAGUUUCGUAUCAUGGCGAGGGGGAGCCAACAUCCUCGUCCAAUGUACGCAUUCCAAUUAGUGUGUUUUCACCUCAGUCGGUCCUCUCUCCACUACUUCUGCCUCUGUGUUUUCCCAUGGAUAACUUCAACUUCCGUGUGCGGAUAUGUGUUCCCGAUCCACCUCAACCUUUCGGAGUGGACGAGCACGAGUUGAAUGAUGUUGUUGGGAGUGGACUGUCCUGCAGGAGGCCAAACUUUAUAGCGAGUCAUUUAGCCAAGCAGCGGACACCUCUUGAAUUUCCGCUAAGUUUCGCGGGUGAUGUGGUCCUGACGGUGGUCGUUUCGUCCACAACUGUGAUGAUUGGGUCUUCGCUGCGGGCUGCGUUUCUUCCCCGUGACGGUUGCACAUCCCGUGUGGUAAUGGUGCAAGGUGUUCUCGAAAUGCUGGAGUGCACAUUCCCCGAGCAUCUACAGCGCGGCGUAACAUGUCACGAGCUUCCGGGUGAGGAGUCGCGGUUGGUUGUCACGCAAACAUCAGUGGUAGAAGAGUUUGAAUGGAAUCUCAUAGGGCGUUCAUCGGUACCCAUUAGUAUACCGUUUAGCAAUAUAAAUUAUUACGCUUCGAUGCAAACUGAUGCCGUUACGACCUGUUGGCAACUGCGACUUCGAUUCUUAUGGUGCUCUGCCUCUAGGCUUAAGGAGUUUUCCUCCGGGUUCAGAAGUCAGUUGCCGGUGGAGGAGGAACAACCGGAGCUUGUGGUGCCCCUAACUGUGGUGCCACCCCCCAAUCCCGGACACAUUCCAAGGAAAGGCAUAACGCUCGAAGUUAUUUUUUGA